UUUCACAGGCCUCGACAAAAUAAUUUUUUAAUUUCAGGUACUUAUCUGGAAUCGCUCGAAUUGUCGGAGUUUUGUCGUCGUCAACAACCGCCGUCCCCAACAAUCUUAAGUUCGAUAUGGUUAACACGAGGCAAACUUCUCGGAUCAUUGAUAAUCCAAGAAAUCCCAUGGAUUCAAAUACUGCUCCAGGGAAUGAGAUUCCUGCUAUGGAUAUCGAUGAGAAUCCUCAUAUAGCGGAGGUUACGAACCCCGUUAAUCAUGAUGUUGCUGGCACAGAUAUGAAUAAUCAAGUGCCAAACGUUGCGAACGUUGUCCUACCAGAAAUGCCUUCGGUUGUUGCGAACUCCGAAAACCAGGCAAUUCCUAUUGUGCCUAUCGGCCCGGCUGAGAGACCUGAACAAUUUAAGGGUCAAAAUUUCAAACGCUGGCAACAAAAGAUGUUGUUUUUCUUAACACAACUUAAGUUGUCACGGUACCUCACUGAAGAGGAACCAAUCCCAGAGGAGGGCAAUGCCAAAUCUCUAGCUAGUUGCCAACAAUGGAAACAUAACAAUUUCAUGUGUUGGAACUUUGUGCUGAACGGUUUGGAUGAUUCGCUUUAUGGUGUUUUCUCCAAAUAUGUUACGGCAAAGCAACUCUGGGAAGCGAUUGAUCAUAGUUGUGGAACAAGUAGAUGA